UUGUACCCACAAGGACAUAGGAAAACAAAACUUAAAUACGACUGACAACUAACAACGCAUUUACAACAAGUGCCAUUCUAUCAUAAUUCUUGCGUCAAAGUUAAAGAAGAGGAAAAACUGGAAAAUGACAAGACUUAAAAUAUGUUCCAUGCCGUCACACACAAAGACACAGUGGGCCAAGUUGAAGAGGCGCUGGACAUUUUCCGGACCGGAUUUACUAGGUUACCUGCUCAAAAUGUGUCGGCACUCUUUGGGAAAAAUCGCCACAGCAGCUGUAGUAACAUCCAUCUUAUCCCUCGUAUUUAUUCUGAACUACAGGGAGAACAUACAGAGAGGGAUUGCUCAGAGGAAAAAUCUUGAUAUCAAGCAAGUGCUAAACGGUCCGUAUGUCGUUGCACGGUCUCUUAUUCAAAACGUGACGACAACGAUGGUUGCGCAAUACACAUCAACGACUCUGUCGCCAGAGCUUAUGGCGAUAACGCCCCAACCUGAACUCAAUAAGCUCAUUAAUGCAUCGUCUAAAGCGAAGUAUCCAGUUACAAUUAACGGAAAGUACGUAUUUGAAAAUCCACAAUUGUGUUCAUCAGUGGCAAAUUUGUCGGUAUUGAUAAUUGUGCAUACCGCUCCAGAUCAUUUUGAAAUGCGGCUGGCGAUACGCAGGACGUGGGGGAACGACACGUAUUACCGGAAGAUGGGGGUCGCCCGGGUCCUCUUCCUUCUGGGGCAGGUUGGGGAUUCGGCGCUUCAGAUGAAGAUGGAAGCGGAGUUUAAAGAGUACCGCGACAUGCUGCAAGGGGACUUCCGGGAUUCCUACCGGAACCUCACUCACAAGGGCGUCAUGGGGUUCAAGUGGAUCACCGAACGAUGCAGAAACGCGAAAUUUAUUUUAAAAACUGACGAUGACAUUGUUAUCAAUAUGUUUAUAUUGUUUAAUCGUGUCUUACCAAAGAUUGAGAACAAAACGAAACAAAUAGUAUGUAAUCAUAUUCCGGCCAACGCAAUGCCGAUUAUUCGGGAUAAGAAUAACAAAUGGUAUGUGAGCGAUAAUCAUUUCCGGGGAAAAAAUGUGUAUCCUGAAUAUUGCAGUGGUUUUAUGGUUUUGUUCACUAAUGAUGUCAUUCCAGCAAUUUUUAGAGCGGCCACGAUGACGCCAUUUUUCUGGGUUGAUGACGUAUACCUUUAUGGUCUGGCUCCCGGCCACGUACCUGGAAUAAAGUACAGCAGCCUCACUGAACGUAUUCUUAUCUGGCAAAAUGCGCUGAGUUGCUACAGAAAUAUGACUGAUAAUCUCAGCAACAAGUGUGAUUAUUUGGUGACUGGUUCCAAGGGUCUGAGAGUGAGCGAGGAAACUUGGGUGGAAAUGACAAAGCAGUUCCAACAUCGUAUUGGUACAGAUUUAAGUUUACAAGCAAAAACACACCCAGACAAGCGUGCAUAAAUAUCAUGACUUAUAUCUUUACAGAAUCAAGAAAACAGUUUUAAUGUUAUAGCAAAACGCAAAAAUAUUAUUAUUCAACGACAAACGCCAAACAGUUUAACUACGCAAUUUAUUAUCUUAAAGGUUUGGCAUAAUAAUGUCAAGGCUGGGAUCAAUUGUAUUAUACAGGUUCCCCCGAGAACGGCGGGAAAUUUAAGUACAUAAUGUCUAUCCCCCGUGACAAGCGGGAAGUGGGUUCGUGGAAACUAUGCCUAUACAUCACUUCUAUUCGUUAUCCUAAAAUGGUGUUUUCAAUGCCAGAGUAAAAACCAGAGAUAAAACUUCACUGAAUGUAAAAUAACUCUGGAAAACUGUACCCGAAAACAACCAAUAUUAACAAAAUGUUUACUGAUCAAUGUCUAGCAAAUUCGCUAACUCUAGUACAGUCAAUUACGCAGGAACCUGUCGUCGGGGGCCGAACUAAGUAGACCAUUGGACAGACUGACAGUGUGCCGUACGCUGUUAUAAGUCCCAGCCAUGACGAUGUGGAUUUCUAAUGGAGCUCGUAAUUCUCGACAACACUGGAAUAUACCAAAAAUCUGGCAAGCAUCGUGUUACAAUAAAAAAUCAAGUGGGAGGGUGGGUGAAAAUGUAAACUUGUAAACCAUAGCGCGAACUACCCUGUGGUGUGAGUAAAAGAACGACAAUGUGCACGGGCAGUGGUUUUAUACUUAGUGGACGAGUCUAUGUGUUAGAGUAGACUGGGUAGGAUGGGUUAUAAAAUUGGGGUUCGGGUUUCGGCGAUCCCUUAGGAAAAUAGCGUUUGCGUUGAAUAAGACAGUUUAUUCUUGAGCGAAUAAACAUUAAUAAAUGGUAUAUAAAGGGUCUUAUGAAGCAUGGCCUUGAUAAUUUCAUAUGAUCGAAAAACUCGAUAUUUUACUGCAAAUGAUGCAUUUAUUAAGAGCUUGAUAUUCCACGAACUUACGUGUUUUGUUUUAAAAUGCGUUGAAUACCGUAUAAAAAUGUAUAUUAUUCGGCAAUUGCCAAAAAAACAUUAGUAUGCAAACAAAUAUCAAGUUUUACUGCAACGAGAAAGUGGUUUAGAUAGUGUUUUUUACAAUGGUGUUUUGCCACAUGGUCAAUGUGUCGACAUGUUUAAGCAAUACAGGAAAUAAAGGAAUGUUUAAACCUAGAAACACUUUACUAAAUAAGUAAGUUGAUGUUUAUGCUGUAUAGAUUUACCUGGCUGCUUAUAAAGAUACAGUUUUAAAAAAAAGGGUGCGAUAAUAAUGUUCUUUUUUAUCCUUUAGUAAGAAAUACUUGAGAACUGUAGACUGAAGUACAAAUCACACCUGCUACUUGGUAACCAUGCCUUUAUAAAUGGGAAAUAUCAAGCAUUACAACUUGUUUACAUGGGCAUUGUUUCGACAUCAGUUGAAUUUUGGGUCUUUUUUAAUAAAACUUAUAUAACUAAUAUGUAUA